UCUACGUAGGAUCUGAGAAAGCCCGCUGAAUAAUUAGCUUCAUCAUCAGCAAAAUUAGUUUAUUUGAUAUAGUAUUGCAACUCGAGGUGAUGGAUCCAACAAAGAUCUAUAAAGCUGCAGCUAAAAAUGACACCGCAUUUUUAGAACAGAUCACAAGUAACGAGAUGAAGUCCUACCUACAAGAUUCUGAGAAUAUUCUCAAGCCGAUAACGGACAACGAGGACUCCAUUCUACAUGUUGCAACAAAAUUCAGACGGAUGAGGUUUGCUGAAAAACUCAUCAGCUUGGACCAAUCACUUAUUUAUCUGGGAAAUAAGAAAGGUGACACUCCCCUACAUGUUGCAGCAAGUAUAGGGUGUGGGAACAUCACAAAACUCCUAAUAGAUCGUUCAAGUUCAAAUAUUUUGGAGACGGUGAACAUAGACAAGGAUACCGCAUUGCACCUUGCUAUGAGAAAUGCUCAACACUCGAUUGUGGAGUUACUAAUUCGCCACAAACCAGAGCUAGCUAUGAUGGUGAAUGAAGUCGGAGAAUCCGCACUCUUUCUUGCUGUAGACAAAAACAAUUACCAUACUGCUAAGUACAUCUUAGACUCUGUUCCAGAAUCAAUACGCUGUAGAGGAAGGGACCGCAUGAAUGUGUUGCACGUAGCCAUCAUUCGGAUGGUGACAAACAGGCAGAGCUUUUAUACCAAGAAAGAUUACAAUGUAGCAGAUUUUCUGUCGGAGGUGAUAAAAAAAGAGCCAAAUUUAGCCUCGGAAGCCGAUGAUUUUGGGUGGACUCCUCUGCACUAUGCUGCACACUACGGCAGUGUGCAAGUCAUGAAACUGUUAUUAAAAUAUGCAGGUUCUUCGGCAGCUUACAUAAAGGACAAGGAAGGAAUGUCUGCUCUUCACAUUGCAGCCGAGCAAGGCCACCUCAUGGUAGUGACGAAGGUGGUUUCAGAAUUUCCUAGUACGUACGAACUAUUGGACAAUAAAGGCCGUACACCACUCCAUGUGGCUGCGGAAAGUGGGAAAAGUUUCUGGACACUCUUGUUUCUAAUUCGCAAUGUGCCUGAUGAUCUCAUAAACAAGCAAGAUAGCAGUGGCAACACGAUGUUGCAUCUGGCUGCUGUCCACAAACGUUUGAAGAAACUAGCGGCACUGGCAGCUGAUAAAAGAUUCGACAAAGGGGUUAUUAACAAGGAAGGCCUAAGUUGCUUGGAAAUUUAUAAAUCAAGUACUAUGACGAGUCUGUUCUUUAAGCUCUUCAUCCCUAUGUUUGAGGCCUUUGGCUAUCUACCAAGUUUGCAAGCAGCAUUUCCCAGAAGAACCAUCAAAGUACAAACUACUGGGACCAGCGAACCACAAAUCGAGAGUAGAAACACAUCAAAGCAAAAAGAAAAUGACUCAUCUAUUAAUGGGAAAACAGAACAAGGGGCAGAUAGUUCUUUUGUUAAGGAGAAGGCUAAUGUCGACUUACUUGUAGCAACCUUCGUUGCCACAGUCACCUUUGCAGCUAUUUUCACCAUGCCUUAUAGAGAGGAUGGUGCAACUUCUGGUCAGAAGUUGGCUUUCGGCACAUUUGCAAUUGCGAAUUCCAUCUCAUUUGUUUUGUCAACUGCCUCAAUGUUUCUCCAUUUCUAUGCUUUUGGAAUGAAAGAAGAAAUCCCUGAUGCAUUCCCAGGAUUCCUAACUUGGUCCGAGCAACUCAUUCCAUGCGCUGUUCAUGCAUUAGUGGUAGCUUAUUCUACAGGCUCAUAUGGAGUCAUGGCUCGUUCCUAUCCGAAAAUUGCUUCUUGGGCCUUCGGACUUGGUUUUGUCUUCUUUAUUGGCCCUCUCUUCGCCGUCAUUAAGACUGUACAUCUGAUGGCAACUUAG